UCAACGAAAACUCCAUUAAUAUUCAUCCAUGGUGGAGCAUGGGUUGACCCAAACAAUACAGAUAUGGACGCUGACAAAUUGUCCUCAUAUCUCCCCUAUGAUAUUCCAUUGUUUAGUAUAGAUUAUAGAUUAACUCCAGAGGUCAAAUAUCCAAAACAUAAUGAAGAUGUUCUAUCUGCAAUCAAGUUCAUACUAGAUGCUCAUAAAUAUGAGAAAAUAAAACUAGCUGGUCACUCGGUUGGUUCCACAAUCAUUUUGUCAAUCCUUGGUGAAUUGAAAGGUUUCGUUGACGAAGUGGUUUUGAUUGAUGGUAUAUUUGACUUGAAUGAGUGGGUCAAAGAAUAUCCAUCGUGCGAAAAAUAUGUUUCUGAUUCCCAUGAUGAUUACGAAAAUAUCAAACCUUUACAAUUAACAGACUACGGUAAUGUUAAAUUCAAUGUUGUUCAUUCUUAUCAAGAUGAAUUACUUUCUUUGGGACAGACAAGAUGGUUGAUUAAGCAGCUUGAAAAUAAUCAAGUGCCAUACACAUUGAAAAUUUCAAAUUUAGGAGAACAUGAGGAAGUAUAUAGACACACAGAACUAGCUAAGUUUAUU